AUGGUGCCAAUGCGUAAACAUGCAAACGCACCCUCCCAGGUGACUCCGUCUCGAACGUCACGCGUGGGCUUGAAGGCAGGCGAGUACGGCGACAACGCGGCCGACUACGGCGGCGAGGAGCCCGCGCCCGCCGCACCGCGCGCCACGCCGCCCGCCGCGCGCCCCACGCGCACUGCGCCCGCGCCCGCGCCCGCCACGCCCGCGCCCGCCGCGCCCGCGCCCGCGCCCCGCGUUCGCCCCGCGCCCGCCACUGCUCCGCUACAGUCGUCAGGGGACUAUGUUUUAAAUUCAAAUUAUGUUUUUAUAUCUUUCUUUACUGCAAUAGUACAUUUUGUUUAU